AUGGCUAUCCGGCAGCCGCUGAAGCACGAUGCUGGCGCCUCGAAAUAUACUGCUGCUGCCUGUGGGAAGCCACAUGGUGCAACGCGCAGAGGUGUACGCUCAGAAGCAGCAGCAGCAGCUUGCGCAGAGCCGGAAAGCCGACAUGCUACUGUUGCAGCAGCAGGAGCAGCAAAAAGUGUUCGCGGAGCAUCGCUAGCCGUACCAGCAACACCGAACGUGGAGACUGCGCAAUGGGGAUCGUCGAUCCCCCGAAUGCCUCAGGCCCUGCGGGAGGCUUUUAUGGCGGAGGUCAAGUCACUGCAGAAAAAACCAAUCAUGAAAAUUACCACAAGCGUUGAAGGGGCGUAUGGGGAGAGUUCGGUGUUUUCUUUGCUGAAGCUGUUCUACCUCCUAAACAGCAAAUUUGGCCUCACUGAACAUUCCACCUUUUUAGACAUUGGAAGUGGCAGCGGAGUUCCCUCUUUCACUGCUGCAGCAUUUGGCUGUCCUUAUUCACUGGGAUUUGAGCUUGACUCCACCGUGUAUUCUAUUUCCAUUAUCAAUCAGUUGUCUCUUGUCGAUUUGCUGCUGCUGCAACAGCUCUGUCUAAGCACACACGUGAACCAGGAAGGCCUAGAGGCCAACAUUGAAGAGGCGCUUCUACGGUUCCUCAAUAUCCCCUCACAAAGCAGCAGCACGGCAGCAGCAGAACAGACAGUGGAAACGAGCAUUCAGAAUCACAGUGUGGAGGCUGCAUUCCCAAGAAUAGGAGGCGUGAGAGAGUCUGCAGCAGCGACGGCAGGACGGCGGAGGGUGAUGAACCUUGAAAAGAAUGCUCUUCAGUCGGAGCGGCGCUUGAUUGACACAACUCUAGGGUUUAAUGGAGCUUUUAGCGUCUUUGACUGCUCCCGCCUCCUCUCUCUGGAAGGCAUUUCUCACGUCUUUUCCUUCGAUCUCGCAAUGCCACCCUGGAUCAUCGGCCACAUCGUUCAGCUGUUCAAUCAGAGCAGAACAACCUUCGUUUAUGUAUCCUUCCACGGCGACCUCGUUUCCCAUUUCGGCAUGCAAGCUGUUUUGGCCACUCGACUUUGCAUGCGCAUGGGAACAAGCGCAGAAAGCCAUGUGGGCUUCAUAUAUCAAAAGGUUCCGAAAGAGGCCGCUCAGCGGAGGCAGCAGUUGCAGACAGACUUGCAGCGUGUGAAGCAGCAGCUGUUACAAGCAGCCAUCCGCCGUUCUGCUGCUGACGCCGCUGCUGCUGCGAGUGACGAAUGCCUUGGGAGGAGCCACAGGAGGCUGGUGCAGCAGCAGAAACAGCUGCGUCGGGAGAUGUUGGCACUAGAGGAGGAUAUGCAAGGGCUUCAGAAAGGUCGUCAGCCGCAGCUAGAGGCUUACCGCAACAGGCAGUUGGGGAAGCAGCAGAAAGGCAUUCUGCGGCUGCUAGAGGCGCUGAAGCAGCAGACACUGGAUGCAUUUCAGCAACUUAUGCGGCAGAAGCAGGAAGCUCUCAUGCUGCGCCAGCAGCAGCGGUUCGUUGCGCUGCUCUUGCAGCAGCAGCAGCAGGAGGAGGAGCAAAAUAGUCCCCCAGUGUCACAGGAGCAGCGGAUGGAUACAGCAACACGGCUGUUGCUGCAGCAGCAUCAGCGCGAGCAGCAGGAUCUCGCACAGCAGCUGUCUCUACAGUACGAAGAGGAAGUCCAGCGGCAGCAGACCCUUCUCGAAGAAGCAGAAGAAGCAGCAGCAGCACUGGCAGCGACUGCUUUAUCCCCAAGAGCAGCGACUGGAAGUCGAGGUGCUUGUGCCCAAAGGGAGCUGCAGCGUCUGAGGCAGCAGCUGAGAGAGAAGCAGCAGCAGUUGCAGGAGGUGGAUCAGCUGCUCCAGAAGGAGGACGAGCAGAAAAGGCAGGAGCAGCAGAGACAAAGGAUUGAAGCCUUGCAGCAGCAACGCAGCGAACUGGAAAGAGAGUUCGCGGAGAACGGCGAGUGGAUGCUGGCAGAAGCGCAGCGCCACACUGUCAGGGGACAAGAGCAGCAAAGAUUGCAGUUGAUGCUCAUUAGGGGCAUUGCCAACAGCAUUACGGAUCGAUAUCUGCACUCACUUGGCGCUACGAAUCGCUUGCAGCAGGUGACACGAAUAGCUGUUGCUGCAGUGUCGAUGCUGCCUUCUCGAAUAUCCCCGUCGAUAGCAGCAGCAGAUGAUGAAGAGGUUCGUGAGAGGCAGCAGCAGCAGCGGAUACGGCUCUCCCCCCCCUCUCCCCCCUGCUGCUGCAGCAGCUGCUGCUUACCCCCAGAGGGAGGGAGCAACAGCCAGCGGGCAGAAGUGGCUGCAACGUGGCUGGAGUUGAUGAGUGCCGCACAUCCGCAGCAGCAGCUGCUGCUACUUCGGCGAGUUUUUUCGGCUUUCCAGGUUGAUCAGCUCCUAGAACGUGAGUCCUUGCAGCACCAGGAAGAUCUUCCUUAUGCUGGGAAUAGGGGGGCAGAGGCGCUGUUAGUACACCUCCGCGAUGCCCAUGUGGAAGAUGCUGAUGCAUUUGCAAAGGGUCCAGCCCAAAGUGAUGCAGCAGUCCUUCCGUCACCCCCCCCCAAAAGUAGCAACACAAGCAGUACAAGCAACACAAGCAGCAACUGCAUUGUGUGUCUGGGAGGGGCAGCUGCCGCCUUAGCAGCUCUCUUUCUCUCGAUUCCCAGAGCGCACAUCAUAGAACUCGACUUCUGCGAACAAGCGCAGCAGCAGCUGCAGUGCAAGAGGGCAUCUCGCCCGAUAAGACGGCAGGCAGCAGCCACAGUAGCAGCCAAUGCAGCAGCGAGCUCGACAGCCGCUGCGGCAGGAGGCGCAGAGAAGCGUAGCGACUGCAAAGGACGCGCAGGACGGCGUGGGAAGUUUUCGGCUUGCAGCGGCAGCGGCGGCAGUGUCAGAGUCGUGAUGCCGUGUUUAUCGCCUCUGUGUGCCUCGUGCUGCUAUGAAGACUCGCUGCUGUUGCAGCUGCUGCGCUGCAGCAUGCCUCUGGCGGCUCAGCAGCAACUGCUGCAACAGGAGAUUUCUCUUCAGCACCGGAUGCCCCUCAUGACAGUCAUAGACCAGCAGCAGCAACAGCGUCUUGAGCAGCAACGCAUGCAGGAAUGGAAGGCGAAAGGGCUCGCAGGCUUGCUGGCUGCCUCAGCAGCAUCAUCGCCACGGAGUGCUUUCAGGAGAAGCGCAACGCUGUGCCGCCUGACGGAUGCCUGCCAGGCGCUGGAGCUGCUCGAGCAGAAUUUCUUGCAGCCGCACGAACUGCCUGAUGACGGGGAGCACGAUGAGGGCGCUGCGAGUGGGGCGGGGGAUGUGGAAGACGACAACAGCAGUGCGGGAGACAGCAGCAGAAGCUCGAGGGAGGCCUUAAAGUCUCCUGCUUCUUCUUGCGCCAAGCGAGAACGCGCAGCUCCGCAGCAACUCAGCCCGCCGCCUCCUAAAAGAGGACGGCUGUCUGCCGCAUGCUCCUCGGAAGUCUGCGCUCCCGAGGAGCAUGCGGCAGCGCAAGUCGACGUGGCGACGACGGCAGCUUCCAGCCGCAGCGCAGCACGUGCGAAGGACGCUGCUGCAGACGUGUGGGCUAGUGAGGUCGCUGCUGCAGGAGCGGCGCUGCGAGUCUUGCCUCAUGAGGAGCAGCUGCUUGCCGCCUGUGCAAGCGCAACAGCGCAUCCGACCUUGGGGGCGUGCAAGAGGGCUGUGAAGCUGCUGCUGCAGCAACAGCAUGCGCUCUCGGCGCAACAGGAAGACGGUGGCGUCGGGGAGCCGCAAACUUCCAGCGACAGAUGUAGGAAGGGGUCCCCACAGGAGCAGAUGCAGAGCCUCCACGGCGGGGUGUCACCUUCGGAUCCAGACUGCUGCAGCGUGCAUAGCAGCAGGUCUACUUGCGCGAGCACCAGCAGCAGAGGCCUCUCAGAAGCCGCGCGGCGAAGCGCUCUGGUCCGCACAGCGCGGCACCGCUUGCAGCUGCUGCAGAGACAGCUGAGCGACAUGCGGGCAGGCUGGAAGCGGCACUUCCUUUUGCAGUUGCUGCAAAGGCAGUUCCCACAUCACAAAGCCGCAGCGGCAGCUGCCGCUGCUGCGGACCCAGGAGUGCAGCCCAUUCUCUGCAGCUGCUCGCCAGCGAUGCUGCUUGAACACCAGGAGGUGCUGCUGCGAGCAGAAAAAGGCAGUUGCGCCUGGUGGCGUCUGUACUACACGACUCUCAGCGAACUUGCAGUUCUGAAGGAAGCCGGACUAUACAGGACCAUUGACUCCUGUGUGCAGGAGCAACAACAACGGCAACAGGAAUAUCGGCAGCAGGAACAGGGCGAGCCUAAGGUUUCGCCGAAGGAAGCAUUUGUCUGGUCGAACACUAGACCCCCGGUUUUAGAAGCGGAGGGGCCAGUGUGCAGCACGAAGCGGCACAGCGUGGGCUGCCCGCUGCCGGAGCUUCUCCUGCAAUCUCCGAUGGCUCCUUACAAGCGCCGCUCGCAUGGAGGUGCUUGA